AUCUCUUCUCGACAGAUGUGGCUGUGCGGUUUGGUGGCUGCUUGUCUGGUUGCCAUGGCAACUGCGCAAAGCAAUGAAUACCUCCCUCCAAACAACGGCUACAACUACGACAAACCUUCAAUACCUUUCCCUACUAAUAACAACGGAAAUCAGCAGCCAGCCCCAGGUCCAUACCGUCCAGCGCAGCCCACUCCCAGCUCGUACCGCCCUCCUCAGCAGCGUCCCACAUACGUACCCCCGCAGCAGCCUAACCAAGAGCACGAGCACCAUGAGCAUCAUGAUCAGCAGGAUCACGAGCAUCAUGAGCACCACCACCACCACGAGCCCGGGAUGCCGUUCGACUUCAACUAUGCCGUCAACGAGAACGGCAAUGACUACAGCCACAACGCCAUCUCGGACGGUGACGUCACGAAAGGCGAAUACAGAGUCGCGCUGCCCGACGGCCGCACACAGAUCGUUAAGUACACUGCCGACUGGAAAAAUGGGUUCAACGCUGAGGUCUCAUACGAAGGCGAAGCGCAAUUCCCCGACCAGCCCAAAUACGGAAGUGGAUCCGGCGGCCAAGGAUACAGCGAAGGAGGCGGCUACCAAUAUUAGAUUAACUUUUUAAAUAUAAGAAAAAAUAACUAAAUAGUAUGUAUACAAAUUAAGAGCCUACAAUACCGAUAUUUGCUUUGUAUGAAAUUCAAUACAUAAAUGUUUACUGUAAAAUAUAUUAAGGUAAAACUGACAUUUAUUUUGUAUCGAAAACAUAUUUGAAAAGCUCUAACGUAACAUUCGAAUUUUCUCGAACCAUUAGCAUCAUAGAUAAUACACAAAUAACAUCCAAGAAAUAUGACAAGCUAUGUCAUGAAAGUUCAUAAUAACAGAUCUGUGGCAUUCUUAAAAACGAAGAUGGCGCCAAUCAUCACUACUCAAUUAAACUAUAAAAUAAAAAUAUCUUGGAAGAAACAUACUAGAGCUAGGUACUAAUUUGCAAUUUAAUACUCAUAACCGCUUUCCGAGCCUUUCUAAGUAGGAUAGUAAUUUAACGUGGGUUUCCUUAAAUUUGGUGCCGCUUUUCUUACGGGAAUAUUUUUUUAAGAGUCUUGAAUGCCCAGACUGCCCGUCCUUAGCUUAAAUUUCGUCUAAACCAAUAUAUUAGUUAGGUAUUGUAGGAUUUAUGUGUUCAAUCUGUUUGUGAAUAUCAGAAAAUAAUGUCAUCAAAUCGGCAACAUUCGUUAUUGAGUUAAAAUAAAAUUCUUAGUUCUAAUUCCUUGUGCAUUGUUUAGGCAUUAAAAGUGGUACAUUCAUUAACUCAGCGAUGCUUUACCUAUUACAUGUAUAUAUUUAUAAAAUCAAAUUAAGAUUAUAUCGUUUCAAUUCCCUGUCAAAAUACAGAUACAAUUUGAAAUAUAAUGGCUUCAGUGUAAACCUAAAUACUAAGUUAGAGCAGAUAAACAUUAGUUUGUAUCUUACAUUGUUACAAAGUUCAUUAAAGGUUUGUUUCGCAAUAAAAAUAAAGUUUAAAUUUUACUCUGUUAGCACUUUAAAAAGGUCAAGCUAAAAAUAGCGUGGAUGUUACAAUUAAGUAAAGUUGUCUUUCAAAAUUCCAAUGGCUUUUGGAAAAAAUGCACUAAUUGUGUCAAAUCACACAAUAAUACUGACGGCGUUGAAAUCGUUAAAUAAAGAUUUUUUGUACAAGAGAUGCCUUUUUUUAUGGAUUUUUUAAUAAUUUUAUUAUAAUUAUGUUAUUGUAAUUGUGUUAAUUACUAUUUAAAUUUCUGUGGUAAUUAUUAUCCUAAAAUCCUUUUGCCUUACAGGCUGUUACUUAAAACAUAGGACUUAUGUAAAAAAAAAAAGUUAAAAACAGUUACUCGCUGUGUUUAUCAAAAUAUGCAAACAUUCAUUACAAAUACAUACAUAAUUAGUAUUUUUUAAUUAGUUAACCGUGGGGCGCCUGCAAUUGUAUUGCUAUCUUCUCUAAGUGAAAAUGUAUACCUAGAAUAAUUUUGUCGGAAGUUUUUGCCUUAGAAUCUUUUAUUGGUUUUAUGACCUUUAUCAAGAAAGUAUGGAAUAGACAAUCAUCAAGCAGCGAAUUAUCAAUAAUUAAAGUACAUAUUAUUAUAUAAUUAAUGUAUUUUUUAUGAGCAAACUUAUUAAUAGGAAAGCUAGUUAAUGUGUUAUACCUAUUUUAAAUGUUUUAUUUUUGCCACCGUGACAAUAACAAGAGGCCUGAAUUUGCCGUUGUUUAAGUUAAUCUCAAAACAAUUAUUGUUUUGUUGUACUAUUUUUAGAUGGACAAAAAUAUUGUAAUAAUUAAAAUAACAAUGGCUUUAUGGAGAUAAUGCCUUCGUCCAAUUGUAAUAUAAAUUUAAAGUUCAAAGGC